AUGAACUUGCGGAGUAGAGGCCCAACAGACCUAGUUCCAAGAGUUGAAGACAUUAGAGCACUUGAAAGGGAGAUUGCAAGGAGGAGAAGAGAAGAAGAGCAACCGGCUCACUUAGACAGAUUGGGGUUUUUGAUGGAUCAACAUCAGAAUCAGCCUCAAGAUGGAAAAGGUAAUGGCCAAGGAGCUGACAACCUUAGGCCACAACACCAGCAUCGCCAAGCUAGAGCUAUUGGCACCCAUGAUGAGCCCAAUAUCCAUGGGCAUAGAACUGGCAUUAGAGCACCAGCUGUAGAAAACAACAACUUUGAGAUCAAAUCAAGCUUGAUAAACAUGAUCCAGAGCAACAAGUAUCAUGGUCUUGCCUUGGAGGAUCCACUAGACCACUUGGAUAACUUUGAUAAGCUGUGUGGAACUACAAAGAUCAAUGGUGUCUCUGAAGAUGCAUUCAAGCUAAGGGUGUUUCCAUUCUCUUUGGGAGACAAAGCUCACACAUGGGAGAAGAGCCUCUCAAGAGAUUCAAUCACCACAAGGGAUGAGUGCAAGAAAGCUUUCCUCACCAAGUUUUUCUCUACUUCAAGAACUGCUAAGUUAAGGAAUGAAAUCUCUGGAUUUCAUCAAAGAAAUCUUGAAGGCUUUGGGGAAGCAUGGAAAAGGUUCAACAGCUACAUCUCUCAAUGUCCUCAUCAUGGCUUCAAUAUGGAGAGUUUGCUUAGUACUUUCUACAGAGGUUCUUUGCUCAAGUUUAGAAGCCAGCUUGAUACUGCUAGCAAUGAAUUCUUCUUGGGGAGAAGUGAGGCAGAUGCUUUGGAGCUUGUAGAGAAUAUGGUUAAGAGUGAUUCAGUCUACAGUGAUGACCACGACAGAAGCAAUAGAGGCAUUGGAGGAGAUGAUCAGAACACAAAAAGAGAGUUGAAAGCUCUACAAGAGAAGAUGGAUUUGCUUCUCUCCAACAAAGCUAAACAAGAGAAGGUCAACUUUGUUGGUGAUCAUAGACAAGAAGAGCUGGUUAUGGUUAGUGAAGUUGAUGGUCUAGAAGGUCAGGAAGAAUUGUGCUUUGUGAAUGCUGAUGGGACAUGGUACAAAAAGGAGCCUAAUUUUCAGUACAACAACUACCAACAAAAGCCCUUCUACAACAACCAACAAGGAAAUCAGUCUACACAAGGCCAAGCCGGAUCUUCUACCUCUUCUCCACAAGAGAGUAGCACUGAUGCAAUGUUGAAACAGAUCUUGGAGUCCCAAACUAGAAGUGAGAAGCACAUUGGAUAUGAGCUGAAGAACCUUCACACCAAAGUUGGUGGAAGCUACAAUGACCUCAACAACAAGUUCCUACAACUCUCCUCUCACUUCAAGACUUUGGAGAAUCAGUUUGCCUCUAUGCCUUCAACCUCCAAGAGCCCAAUGGGAUCUCUACCAGGAAAAUUCGAGCAGAAUCCCAAAGAGUAUUGCAAUGUUAUCCUCUCUACUACUUCUGAGAUUAAGUUGAGUGAUCAUGAGAAAGAGGAAGAUCAGAUUGAAAGAUUCAUAUAUGGAACAUAA